CGUUGCUAAGAUGAGUUUCUGAUACUGACAUAAUUAUUUUUUCAUUAAUGUUUCGCACCGUUUAGAUUAAUAAAUUGAAAAAGGCAACCACUAUUUUUUUGUUUUUAUUGCUAGAUUUUGUCAAUUAUACCAGGGACGUAUAUACUAAGUAUAUACGUCCCUGAUUAUACCGGAUGAACUUAUCUCUUGGAUUGACGGAGGGGUUGAUACUGCCUUUGCCAGUUAUUCUGAAACAAAUAACUUUAGCCUUAUCAUGCACUGCAGUCCCAUCGGAAAUUUCCGCUGGAAUGCCAUCCUUCAUUGUAGAAGAAGUUGACGUUCCGGAAGAAGCUCCAAGUGUACAUGUGUCCGGGCCUUCCACCAACACAUUCUUUGCUUCAACUCUGUAUGGAUCUAAACGUAAAGACACGGCCAGCGACCCCGACGCUGAGUUUAUGCUGAAUCUGAUUGAAGUGAAGGAGAGAAGAGCCAUCGCGGAGGAGAGAAAAGCAGAUGCCCUAAAGAGGAUAGCAGCGGCAUUUGAAAAAAAAUUUGGCAUUUAA